GACGUGCAUUCCUGCCGAAGCUGAACCAACGCUAAAGUCAAGUUCGUGUUAUCCUUUGGUAAACUUUACCCGUCCUUUUUGUCAAAAUAAUAAUGGAAUCACUUUACCCAACUACGUAUAUGAGACGCCCGACUUUCAGAACGAUAGAAACGAUGAAAUCAUCUGGAACUACAAUGAAGCUGUGAAGAUAGGCGUAUCAAGAAUAAGCCGUUUUUCAAAAGUUGCCAUCAGCGCUGUUAGAAAGUGCGCAAAAGCUGUCACCAUAAUGAUUGUCAUAAUUAUUUUCCGAGUUGUGAUCGAACCCAAAGCGUGUAUAAGGAACACAAGGUAUGUCAUGAGUCGUGUCUUGACUUGACUCACAUGUGUGGUAAACUGUGGGAAAUAUUUGUAAGAUAUCGUACAAUUGAGCACCCGGAGGAAAAGAAGCUCUAUCGUUGCGAACUACAACCGACUAGGAAUGCUGGCGACUCACCAGAAUGUUGGUAUUUCAAUGGACUCGGAAACUCUGCAGGUAACAUUAUAAUCAACUCUCGUCCACUCUCAUUUACGCUUGACAAAGGCUUCUUCUCAUUUUACUCCAUCAUCGAAAACUAAUUCUUCCGCCUUGGUUAUGCUCUGUAAUCAACAUUGGUGACAUGCUUUUUAACCACCAUAUUCUUUAUUGUAUCUCAUUAUUAGAUACAUCUCCAGCUCCGGAAUGGACUACAAACGGAGGUAAGAACCAAGGGAGCAUCCUACACCAAACCAAGGAUUAUAGCUUGUUAGAAGAAAGCUUUUACAAACACUUCCAAACACCACAGGUUUUUCCUGGUACUCCAGUUACUCCUACUGUAAUAACACCGGUCCUAAUAGAAAUGGACCUUUCUGAGCCUCAGGGAAGAACAAUUUAGAACUAAUAAAGUAUAAGUAAUUUUAAUUAGUUUAGGUUUCCAGUAUAAAUAAAAUAAUUUAGUUUAAAUUUCCCCUAGUGGAAACACUGGAACAAUAAGGGAUGAUCCUUACUGGACCUCCAGAGAGAACAGUUUAGACCUAUAAAAAAAUAAAAAAUUUACAUUUUUGUUUGCGUUGUGUCUUUUUUACUUGCGUUGUGACUUUUUUAUUUGCGUUGUGACAUUUUUAUUUGCGUUCUGAGUUUUUUUAUUUGCGUUGUAAAUUUUUUUAUUUGCGUUGUGAGUUUUUUUUUAUUUGCGUUGUGUUUUUUUUUGCGUUGUGAGUUGCGUUUAUUUGCGUUGGGAGUUGCGUUUUAUUGUUAGUUUCUUUUAAGCGAUGGCCAUUUUGGGCCACCGUAAUAUCCGGUAUAAAUAAAGUUAGUUUAGUUUAUGUUGCCUCCUGCUGUCCUGCAGUGACACUGGAUCUAAAUAUAUAGGCAUCACUCUUACUGGACCUCAAGGGUGAACAGUUUAGAACUGAUAGAGCCAUCUAGCAUAAACUUUGACAAUGUACCGUAUACAUAUAACAUUAUGUACAAUUUAUAACAAUAUCUAUAAACAACUAAUUUUGUGUCCCAAAACUGGGACAAUAAAUCCAAACUAUAAUAAUUAUCUUUCCACACAGAUUGCCUGUAUUUAAACGGGAGCAGUUACAAUGGCAACAUUUCAGUAACAACCUCUGGUAUUUUGUGUCAGUCAUGGACAGAGCAAUGUCCACAUCGUCAUACCAUGAACAAAGCAUAUCCAGAACUAAACAGCGCCAAGAAUUAUUGUCGAAAUCCUAAGAACUCUGGACAACGACCUGGGUGUUUUUCUGCAGAUAGGAACAAAAGAUGGGAGUACUGUGAUAUCCCUAAAUGCUUACCAGGUAUAGAGUAAUAAUGUACUGCGAUAUCCCUAAAAGUACACCGGGUAUAGAGUGAUAUUGUACUGUGAUAUCUCCAAAUGCAUACCAGGUGCCGAGAGAUAUUGUACUGUGAUAUCCCUAAAUGUGUACUGGGUUAACUGCAAAGUUCGAGGUUGGAUCAACUGCAAAAUAAUUAAACAGUUAAUUGUGCCAUUUGUCCUCAUGCGAACGUGGGUCGUAUGGUGCAUAGCGCCUUAGUUUCCCUUCGAGCAGUCCACGCUGGUCAUAUUCAGCAAAUUUUAUCCCAGUACCGCAGGCUCGCAUUUUCAGCGGACUUGCGUUAAAACAAUUGAAAUUUUUGCAUUUUUCAUAGAACUGGCCACUUUCUGUAAGAUGUCCGCUGACAAUACGAGUGGGAGAAAUUUUGCUAAAUUUGACCAGCGUGAUCGGAUGCAACUGGCCUGCUUGCAACUUGCGUUGUGUGCAUGAGUUACACAGUACAACCCAAGUUGUAAGCCGGUUGCAUGCGAUAGUUUUAGGCAAACGUUGUGCAGUGUAAAUCUGCGUAAAAAACAAGGUUGUUUAUAAGAGGCAAGAAAACCUCACUGUUUUUUUGCAUAGUUGAUGGCAGUUAUAGCAACUGGUCAUUAAACAGUACGUGCAAUGUAACUUGUGGUGAAGGUUUUGAAACAUGGACACGAGAAUGUACCAACCCUGAACCACAGUAUGGUGGAAGAAACUGCAGUCAUUUAGGAGAACCUGUUGAGUACAGAUCAUAUUCAGCAAAGCCUUGCCCGGGUAAGUCAAUUCUAGCUUUAUUAAUAAAAGAAUUCUCUAUACAAAGCGACCUUCAAUUUUCCUUGGCAUAUUUUUAUUAUUAUCUGUAGUUAACGGUGGUUACGGCAACUGGAUUUUGAGUAAGCCAUGCAAUGUUUCAUGCGGUGAUGGAGUGGAAAUGUGGCGACGUUUUUGUAAUAAUCCUGAACCAAAAUACGGCGGUCAUAACUGCAAUGGUCUUGGGAACUCGACUGAGUUUAGAAACUGCAGCAGAACACCAUGUUCAAGUAGGGCUAAAAGACCAGCUAAACUAAAAUUACUAAACUAA